CUCGGUCGCCAUAUGGCUUAAUUGAAGCGAUUCCCAGCUGUUAAUCAUCUCACCCUGUCUUCUUAAUUCACUCUUCCACUUCCAUCAACAAGAUCUGGUUUUUCUUUAUCAUAAACAGUGAGUCAACAGAUACGCCUAUCUUCUGAAUUCUCUCCUACUCAUCAAACAUUCCCAAUUUCAUCAAAAACAACAAGCUCUCAAAGAUCCGAACCAGAUUCAUCGGUGAAUUUGAGUUGAAAAACAGGCUAAUUUGGGGAAUGAUUCAGUAAUGGGGAGGAAAGGGAGCUGGUUAUCUUCGAUUAAAAAGACGUUGAGUCCAAUCUCCAAAGAAAAGAAAAUCCAGAAAUCAGAGAGGAGAGCGUUUGUGGAGGAAAAUCCUUCAGUACCCGAUGCUUCAAUUGUUGAAAACGCCGGUGGUUCUUAUGAUCCUCCACCGGAAGAUGUGAUUCCGAUUGAGGUGGAGGCUGAGCCACCAAUAACCGCCGACACAACAGCAGCGGCAGCCACCAGUAGUCGGUAUGCCGGGAAAUCAAGGGAGGAAGCGGCUGCUAUCAGGAUUCAAACCGCUUUCCGUGGUUACUUGGCGAGAAGGGCGUUGUGGGCUUUACGAGGGCUUGUUAGAUUGAAAACAGUGGUUGAAGGACCUGGUGUCAAUCGGCAAACCGCUAACACACUCAAAUGCACACAAAAUGCAAAUCACUUGCAGUCGCAGAUCAAUUCUCGGAGGAUCAGAAUGUCGGAGAAUCAAGCUCUUCAGAGACAAAUCCUCCGAGCUAAAGAACUCGCUAAUUUGCAGAAUGGAGAUGAUUGGAACGAUAGCGUCCAAUCUAAAGAAGAAAUGGAAGCUAAGCUCUUGAGCAGAUACGAAGCUACCAUGCGAAGAGAAAGAGCCAUGGCUUAUUCGUUUUCUCAUCAGCAACCAUGGAAGAAAUCAGCAGCGACGACAAACAUGCUUUUCAUGGAUCCGACGAAUCCUCAAUGGGGUUGGAGCUGGUCGGAGAGAUACAUGGCUGGGCGGCCGGCGGAGGCACAAGGAGGAGAGAAAGAUCCUGGAAACAAUGCCAAAAGUGGAAUCAACAUUACUGGAACCGAAAUUGCAAAAUCCUACGCUCGUCAUCAGCUCAACUCCGCCCCUUCAACUCCUAGGUCAAAAUCCGGUGGUGGUCCGGUAGCAUCACGAAAACCCAAGCCUGGUCCUAGCCCUAGCCCUAGAGUUCCGAUUACAGAGGCCAACGAAGACGAUGACUCAAAAAGCGUUGUUAGUGUUCAAUCCGAGAAGAAUCGAAGGCAUAGCGUCGGAGGUUUGGCCGGUUCUCCGGCUGCCGGUAAACGUAUGGUGGCUGGAAGUGGUAAGUCGGGAAAAGGGAAAUCGCGGGUACAGGGGCUGUCGGAGAACGGUGGUGGGAGGAUGACGGUGGGUGCGAAGAAAGAGCUUUCUUUUUCGGGUUCGCCGGCGAAGCCCAGGCGGCAUUCUGGGCCACCGAAGGUUGAAACCGCCGUGGAGUGAUUGAUUUAUUGUUUUCCAAAGCGAUACGAUGUGUUUAUAUUAAAGAAAGAGGUCGGAAACAAUCGACAAUACUUUUAAACGUACAAUUUGGAGGUGAAAAUAUGUUUUUUAUAUGUAUUAUAAAUCAUUAUUUAUUUUAUUUAAUUAUUGUGUGAAAUAUACUA